CGGGAGCAGCCAAUCAGAUGCGCAGUUUGUUAUGGAGCUUGAGCGCACUUGAUCUACCUCGCUUUCUUUAAAUAAGAAACAUGGAGCAUAUGUACAUGGUGCCCAACCCUGGGCUGCCUGCCUACCCCCCUGGGCUUGAGUACCUCACACAGAUCGAUCAGCUGCUGAUUAAACAGAAGGUAGAGCUUGUAGAAGCACUGGUUGGCUUCGAGAGCAAUAACAAAUAUGAGAUGAGAAAUUCGAUGGGGCAGAACGUCUUUUACGCAGUGGAGGAGAAUGACUGUUUAACACGACAGUGCUGUGGCCCGUUACGCUCUUUCACCAUCCGCAUCCUCGAUAAUUAUGGCCAGGAAGUGAUCACAGUCACAAGACCCCUCAAGUGCCAGUCCUGUUUCUUCCCAUGCUGUCUGCAGGAGCUGGAGGUGCAGUCUCCUCCAGGGAACAUUGUGGGCUUUGUGCUUCAGGAGUGGCACCCUUUCCUCCCCAAAUUCACCAUCUAUAAUGAGCAUAAGCAACCUGUCCUGAAACUGCAGGGUCCCUUCUGUGGCUGGAGCUGCCUCCCAGAUGUCGACUUUGAGAUUUUGACCAUGGAUGAAGUGAGCAUCGGGAGGAUCAGUAAACAGUGGACAGGUCUGCUCAGAGAGAUCUUCACUGACACUGACAACUUUGGAAUCCAAUUUCCCAUGGACCUUGAUGUUCGAAUGAAAGCAGUUAUGAUCGGCCUCUGCUUUCUUAUUGACUUCAUGUUCUAUGAGACGGACAACUAACUGUUGUGCACAGCAAGAAAGGAAGUGCCUCAGGUGGAGGAAAAAAAAAAAAAAAAAGAAUUUUGACUAACUGGGUAAAAUGAUAUUAAUUAAGCCAUUGUUCUCCUUAUACAUAAAAUGAAGUUCAGGAUGAGGGUUCAGCCUCUAGUGCACCACUGAAGCUGGAGACCCCGAAACCAGAAACAGCCCAAACAUGUAUGUGCAUUGUUUAAAGGUUUAAUGAUACUGGUUUGUGCUUCUGCUCCACAGAAAAUCAGUGAAUGACACUUAAGAUGGAAAACCUGAUAUUAUGUUUUGAAUGUUACUUAUAUAUUUGCUAUUAUGUUGAAAUGACCAAAAUUACAUAGUGGUUUGUAACAUGUAAAUACAUUUUGCAUAGGUUAAUGUAAGCAUUUACAUUACAUUUGAAUAAGAGUGCAGUCACGGAAAAUACAUUGUAAAACCAUUGAGUCAUUGUAAAACCACUGGCUUGUAUAAAAUUGAGAAUGUUUGAAAUUCUUACUGCACUGCUAACUUAUUUAGUUCAUGUCUUGUGUGUUGCUUUUGUUUUUUUAUUAUUAAUAAUUGUCACUACUGUUUUUAACUAAUUUUACAAACUGAUCUCAUCAACCACUUUUACAGAAAAACCACAUGAACAUCUUCAUAACAGUACCAAAUGUUUGCAGUAGAGGGCAGCAACAGUCUGUGAGAGAUGCAUAUCCAGUGCUCAUGCUUUUUUUUUUUUUUUUUUUUAUUAUUUUCAUGGCUAUGAUCAAAAUAAUUUAUGGGACUUGGUAUGCAUGCACACGACUAACGCUUGCACUUUAUAAACCGCCAUAGACAGUUUCUGUGUGCAGCUGUAGUUUAGUGGAUGCUGGUUGUGCCCGUGGAUUUACAGUGAUACACAAAAUAUACAGUACUUGCUCGACUGGUCAUUUUUAUUAAAAAGUAAUUUAUUUUCAACUUUAAGAA